UUCUAAAACAGUCAGUCUGAAUCCUGAAAUAGACGUUUACAGUAAGCUUAUUUAUUUAUAGUUUAUUAAAAUUUACUUAUUUGUCAAAUUAAUAUCAGAAGAUGUACGCCAAGGAUAUGAAACCCUAUGGCAAAUUUAUGUUCUCACUAGAUCAACAGAUGGAUACCAAAGACGGGAGGCCCCUGGUCAAACCUAAACCCAUAAUUUCACCAGGUCUAAAGAUGGAUACCACAGAUGUGAGGCCCUUGGUCAAACCUAAACCCAUAAUUUCACCAGGUCAAAAGAUGGAUACCACAGAUGGGAGGCCCUUGGUCAAACCUAAACCCACAAUUUCACUAGAUCAAAAGAUGGAUACCAAAGAUGCGUGGCCCCAGGUCAAACAGAUAGCUUCACUUUUUCAGAAAAUGGACUCCAAAGAUGUCAAGCCCUAUGGCCAAUCUAUGGUUUCACCAGAUAAGAAAAUAGAUACCAAAGAUGGGAAGCCCCUGGUUAAACCUUUGAUUUCACGAGAUCAAAAGAUGGAUACCAUAGAUGGGAGGUCUCUUGUCAAACCUAUGAUCUCACAAUAUCAAAUGAUAGAUCAAACUGAUGUGAGGCCGCUGGUCAAACCGAUAGUUUCACCAGAUCAGAAGAUUGACACUACAGAUGUGAAGCCCUAUGGCAAAAUUAUGCUUUCAACAGAUCAGCCAGUUAGACUAAUGAAGCCCAAUGGAAACGUGUUGCCAAAUAGAAAUAAUCAGCUAAGUAGAGAUGAUAAGACCUACCAGCAAGCAAACGUUCUGGUUAAUGAAAGAAAAAAGUCAAAAGACUGUUUAAAUCAAGGACCAGAUUUUUUAAACUCAGAAGACUCGGCUGAAACCUAUGUAAACAAAUAUGAAGCUAACAAAUCAAGAGCUGCAAAUGAUAGUUUGUCAACGUUUACUGAAAAUCAAACGUUCAUCCGUACACCAACACAAUCAGCUCUUGAUGAUGCUCUAAUGGAAAUCGAUAUAAAGAUGAGAGACACUAUUGGGAAACACAAAGAAAAAGUGAGAACCCUAAGAGAUUCUACUCUUAAAAAAACAAAUAUAAAAGUUUUUGUAGAGGAAAGGAUAGAUGAUGUUGACAACAGUGAAGAGCUGGCCCUAAGAGAUAAAUUAGUUGAGUUAACUGAACAGCUGAAAGUCUUUGAAGACAAUUGUAAGAAUCUAAAGGAAAUAGUGAAAGAGCUGAAUCUACCGACAGCUUCAAUGACAGAUUUGAACAAUGUCCUUGAGACAGUGGGAGUGGAGUGUCAACGACUGAGCACAGCUUUACCCAUUUACGCCAGGAGAAAGGACAUUGUAGAACAUGUUAAGGCAAACCAAGUCUCUGUCAUACUGGGUGAGACAGGCUCAGGAAAAAGUACCCAGAUAGCCCAGUACCUGUACGAGGCUGGUCUAGCAGGAAGUGGUGCUAUCAUCUGUACACAGCCUCGUAAAGUGGCGGCCAUAACUCUUGCUGAACGUGUGGCGAAGGAGAUGGUGAAAAACGUUGGAGGUCUUGUUGGCUACAAAACUGGAAUUAAAGCGGUCUCACAAAUGACCAAAAUAAUCUUCUCAACUGACCACUGUUUGCUAAAUGAGUGCCUGAAAGAUGCAGAGCUCACUGAGUACUCUUGCAUCAUUGUGGAUGAAGCACACGAGCGCAGUAUUUACACUGACCUUCUACUGGGCAUGAUCAAAGCUUGUUUACCCAAACGACCUGAUUUGAAAGUGGUCAUUACAUCAGCCACUAUAGAACCAGAACUUUUUAUCAGGUACUUCCAAUGUGGUCCAGAGUUGAGAGUUUCAGGAAGGACAUUUCCAGUAGAUGUCUUGUAUGAGAUGGACAAUUCAAAUGAGUUUGAAGAUUAUGAAAAGAAAGCGGUUGCUAAAGCAGUACAUAUCCACAAGAAUGAAGGUCCUGGUGAUAUUCUUGUUUUUCUUACUUCCCCUGUUGAAAUCAUGAGAUGCUGUGAAGAGUUAGUCAAACAGCUAACAGCAGGUGCCAAAGAAAGACAGCUAUGCAGAAGACCCAUUAAACCACCAGGGACUGCCUUUAUAGCGUGUCCAGCGGUGGAGAAAGCAGGAUUGGUUGGACGCUACUUAUCUCUGCCUACUGGAAUGUUUGAAAUUCAAAUGUCCAAAAAUGAGAAUGAUUUAAUGUGCUUCAAAACAGGGUCAGCAAGUGAAACUGAGAUCAAAAAUGCAGUUUUACAUUUACUGGAUAAUAGGGAAUACUUAGAAAAACAAAUACGUGUAAGCCUAGUCCGCAAUAAAGUCAAUGCCCCAACCAACAUUGAAAUGUCCUGCUACAAACAACAGUUGGUUGAAGAAUUUGAAAAAUAUAUCUCUCGACAUAAAUUUGAACUGGAUUUGAUACUACCAAAAGAGAACCAUGUUGAUCAUAUUGGUUUCAUUCAAUUUGAUGAUCCAGUAGCUGGAUUGGCUGCUUGUGAAUCUGUAAGAGGGUGCAUGAUUUUUGGCAGCCCUAUUCAAAUCCACCUAAACCUCAGGACCACUUUUUACGUACCCCAGUUCAUCAUGAGAGUCUCAGAACAUCAGCUGGAUGAAAUUUUUGAAGGUUUGCAGAAGAACAACCAGAUUGUGGUGUCCAAACGAAUCAUAAAAAACAAGAACUUUAUCAUUGAAGUAUCAUCAGAGAAAGCUCAGGAGAAAACUGAAGCUAGAGAUUUGAUUCAGAAGGUGCUGCAAGGGGAGAUCAUCCAGUGUGGUGAGGAUAAUCUAAUAAAAAAACUUCUCAAUCGUGAGGGGAAAGCAUUUUUACGUGAAAUAGAACAAUCUUUAUCAAUUGUCAUAGUCAUCGAUGAGCGUAGAGAAAAACUUCAUCUUUACGGAAGUCCAGAAAAUAUUAGCCAGUGCAAAAUAGAGAUCAAUAAAUAUUUGGAUAAAAUCAAUCAAGGAUACCAUAAGACUGUCAGCUUAAAAGGCCCAGGGAAACCAGUAGGUCUAAUGAAAGCUUUGAUGGCAGAGUUCCAAAAUCUCCGUGAUGACCUUGUUGAAACGUUUUCACUUAGUGAUGUCAUUAUAAAUUUCAAACUGCAAGAACUGUCACUUAUUGGGGAUAGAGAGUCUGUAGACAAGGCGUUGGCGAGAAUAGCUGAGGUGGAAGCUUCGCUCGCUAGAAAUCCUGGCAUUGAUGGGGAUAAAGUUUUACCAGACUGCGGCAUAUGCCUGAGUCCAGUAGACACAGCAGAAGAUCUGUACAGACUUGAGGGCUGUGGGCAUGGCUACUGCCUGGGCUGUCUCAGGCUCCAGCUUGACGAUGCUCUGGGGGAAAACAAAUUCCCAGUAAAAUGUGAACGUCAGACAUGUGGUCUGCCUUUGGUCUGGAGAGAUUUCCAGUUUAUGGUCAAGAGAAAGUGGGUAAACAAAGCAAAACUGCUGCAAAGGUCUCUGAACGCAUUGGUUUCUCUGAAUCCCAGCAAGUACAAAUUCUGCUUGACCCCCAACUGUCCUAUCGUGUAUGAGGUGACUACCUGUGAAGAGGGCGAUGAGUUUACCUGCCCAUCCUGCUCUGUCAGCCUGUGCACCUCCUGCCACACAGUGUACCAUGCAGGUCUCACCUGUAGAAUGGCUGCAACCACAAAGGAAGCAGAUUUAAAUAUAGACCAAUGGAUACGAGCUGACCCGAGCAACAGAAAGCACUGUCCCAAAUGUACAACUGUGAUAGAAAAAAAUGGAGGAUGCAAUAAGAUGCAUUGCAGUGGGUGUAAAAUCUACUUCUGUUGGAUUUGUUUGGCAGAUUUCCAAUCAGAGCAAGAAUGUUAUGCUCAUCUUGUUAAAAUGCAUGGGGGUUUCUACGAUUAAUUAGAUUUAGCUCCGGUUUUUAAAUGCCUUUACUUUAUUUACCUUUGGAUUUUCCUAUUGGCAAUGCUUCCAUGCUUUAAAUAAUUAUUUGAUUGAUUUAUAUGCAAUGUUUGUUUUAAGCUUUACACUUUCAAAUUAAAAUUAUCAGCAAUGGGUUGGUUUAAGCAGUAAAAGACAAGAACUUCCUUUACAAUAAAGAGAAACAAUAUGCAGCAUUAUAAAAAGACUGAGAAGAUAAUAACAAAAAUUUGGCUGAAAUGUUUGUGUGGCUCAAACUAAGUAAUGUUCACAUUUUGUUUUAUGUAUCACCUAAUUUGCUAAUAAAAUGUAAUCCAUACUGUAACCUGUAUAAUCCCAGUCCUUUAAAUGAAGAGGAUCACAAGAAAAAUACAUCAUAAUAAGUAUAGACAAUCAUAAAAUUAGCUUUUUGUAAAAAAGUUUUCCUU